AUGGCCGACAUAGGGGGCCAGCAAGGCCGGAAUCACCGGCCUUACGGCCAUGCCUCGACUGUUCAGCGUGAUGCUGCUUUCUCAGAGAUUUUCGGCGGUGCUCGGCAGCCAGGACGCUCGCAGACCAUGACAUCUCAGACUCCUCACUUUUCCCAGGACCGAGCCCAGACCAUGUCCGCGCAAGUACAGCACCCGCAGAUGCAGAGAGGUCCACCACCACCAAUGCGCCAAAUGCCCAACGGAUACGCACCAAACCCACCCCCGAAUGGACACUAUCAAGCCUACCAGGGACCGUCGGCGAUGGGUCCCCCGCAACCUCCUCAGGGGGCUCCUCGACCUUAUCCCGGACGUUAUGCUUACCCUCAACCUCAGCGCUUGGAUUCUAGACCAGGUCCUGGACCUCAAUAUCAGGAUCCGAAGGGAUAUAACCGGGCGCCACCUGUACCGCACCCCGCUCUGAACUCAGACGCUUUCAGGUCAAGGUCCAUGGCAAAACUCGGAGGACCGCCAAUGUAUCAACCGUCACCACCAAAUAGUUACAACCAUACAUCCGCUCUUGCAUCCCGAAACCAGGUGUAUAACGCCCCUAACGUCCCGGUCCCGAUUACCGCCCAGGGCCGCCCUGUACCGGAGAGACACGGAGAUGGACGCACCAUGUCUUUGACCUCAUACUCAGUAGAUCGCGAGGCAACCCGUACGAUGACAGGACGCCCGAUUCCGAAUCGACGACCGCCGUCAGGCCCUGCGCAACCGCCGCUCAGCCAAGGUGAGGUGGAUCCAGCUCAUACUCAAUUCAUCAACGGAAGGCCUCGCCCGCCGAGCGACGGUUCAGUAGCUUCGCGGUCCUUCUCCAUGGCAUCUACUGUUACUCCCGAUCGCACGAUGAGCAUGCAGAGCACUAUGACUCACCGGCCAAGUACCACGACGACCACAGCGACCCUUGUCUCGAACAAUAGCGUCUCACGCGGAAGUACAGUGCCAGUAGUUUAUCCGGCCCUUCUUUCACGAGUCGCCGACGCCUUUCGAGAACAGAUUGGGCUCAGCGAGAAGCAAAAGAACGGGCUGUCGUAUCAGAACGCUUUUUCGGGUGCAGAUGCAGUGGAUUUGAUUGCCUUGAUUAUUAAGACAACUGAUCGGAACCUUGCUCUUCUUCUUGGCAGGGCUUUGGAUGCGCAAAAGUUCUUCCAUGAUGUCACAUACGACCAUCGACUCCGAGAUGCUCCCGGUGAAAUCUACCAAUUCAAAGAGACAAUGGGUGAAGAGGCGCCCAGCUCUGAAGUCAAUGGUGUUUUUACUCUCUUGACGGAGUGCUACUCCCCCACCUGUAAUCGCGACAGCCUUUGCUAUUCAAUAGCUUGUCCUCGACGGCUGGAGCAGCAGGCGAGGUUGAACAUGAAGCCGCUUCCCGGGCUGCACACGUCCCCAUCUAAAAGCAACCUUCAUGUUGACGACGAUGCCGAUGAUAAUCAGAAACUAUGGAUCAACAUGGUUCCGAAGGAGGUUUCGGACAGUGUCGAUGAUCGGGAAAAGAAACGACAGGAAAUCAUCUUUGAGAUCCUGUACACCGAGCGCGAUUUUGUAAAAGACUUGGAAUAUUUGCGCGACUUCUGGAUGAGACCUUUACGUUCCGCCAAUAACUCACCUAUUCCCGAACACAGGCGUGAAAAGUUUAUUCGGACUGUUUUCGGCAACUGCUUGGAUGUCCUCAAGGUUAACGGUGCGCUUUCUGAGGCUCUCAACGCGAGGCAAAAGGAAAGCCAUGUGGUGAGAUCCGUGGGUGACAUCUUUUGCCAACACGUACCUCGGUUCGAUCCUUUCAUCAAGUAUGGUGCGAAUCAGUUGUAUGGCCGAUAUGAGUUUGAGAAGGAAAAGUCAUCGAACCCGGCGUUUGCGAAGUUUGUCGAGGACACUGAGCGUUUGAAGGAGUCUCGAAAACUGGAGCUGAACGGAUACUUGACCAAACCGACAACUCGUCUUGCGCGAUAUCCACUUCUACUAGAGCAGGUUUCCAAGUACACUGCCGAGGGUGAUCCGGAUAAGGAGGACAUUCCUAACGCGAUCAAGAUUAUCAAGGACUUUUUGUCUCGUGUCAAUGCUGAGAGUGGAAGGGCCGAGAAUCACUUCAAUCUAGUGCAACUCAACGCAGCGUUGAAAUUCACUCCAGGCGACUAUGUUGACCUCAAGCUCACGGAAGAGAAUCGACAAAUGUUGACCAAGAUGGCGUUCAAGAAGACACCUACCGACACGUCCGAAGUUACGGCAUAUCUGUUCGACCAUGCUGUUCUCCUGGUGCGUAUCAAGGUUAUCAACAAGCGCGAAGAAUUCCGAGUGUAUAGGAAGCCUAUUCCUCUGGAACUUUUGGUGAUACCGCAAAUGGACGAGAUUAUCCCCCAACCCGGCAUCGCGAAACGCCCAUCGUCGGGCUUGCUUGCAGCUAGGGCCGCCGCAAACCCACCAGCCGCUAAAGAUACAUUUCCCAUCACUUUCAGACAUCUUGGUAAGGGUGGAUACGAACAGACGCUGUACGCCACAACGCCAACGCAGCGGAAGAAGUUCCUAGAACUGGUGGAUGAGCAGCAGACGAGACUCCGAGAACGGAAUAGUAACUUUUAUUCCAAGACUAUUAUCUGCGGGAAAUUCUUCAACGCCAUCAACCGGGUUAACUGCUUGGUUCCAAUUGAUGGCGGCAGAAAGCUGGUAUAUGGCACAGAUAGCGGAAUCUACGUUUCGGAUCGCAUGCCCAAGGACAAGUCUGCGAAGCCACGAAAAGUGCUGGACGUCAGCCAAGUCACCCAGAUUGAUACGCUAGAAGAGUACCAGCUUGUUCUGGUCCUUGCGAACAAGACCCUGUCCUCCUACCCCUUGGAAGCCCUUGACGUCAGUGAAGGCCAAAACUCAAUAGCCAAGAGACCCAAGAAGAUCCAAGGUCAUGCCAAUUUCUUCAAGUGUGGUAUCGGUCUUGGCCGCCAUUUGGUGUGCUCUGUCAAGACAUCGGCGCUGUCAACCACGAUCAAGGUGUACGAACCUAUGGACAACCUAGCAAAGGGCAAGAAGAAAUCCGCCGUGAGCAAGAUGUUCCAGAGUGGCCAAGACACUUUGAAGCCAUUCAAGGAAUACUAUAUCCCCGCAGAAUCCUCAUCAAUCCACUACCUACGCUCCACACUUUGCGUCGGCUGCUCUCGCGGCUUCGAAGUCGUUAGUCUCGAAACAACUGAAACCCAGUCCCUCCUCGACCAAGCCGACACGUCAUUAGACUUCGUCGCCCGCAAAGAAAACGUCAAGCCAAUCCACAUCGAGCGCAUGAACGGCGAGUUCCUCUUGAACUACAGCGACUUCUCCUUCUUCGUCAACCGCAACGGCUGGCGGGCGCGUCCGGACUGGAAGAUCUCCUGGGAGGGUAACCCGAACUCGUUUGCGCUCUCGUAUCCUUAUAUUCUGGCGUUUGAGCCGAACUUUAUCGAGUUCCGGCAUAUUGAGACGAGCGAGUUGAUUCAUAUCAUGACCGGGAAGAAUAUUCGCAUGCUGCAUGCUUCUAUGCGAGAGAUUCUCUAUGCCUACGAGGACGACACAGGCGAAGACGUUGUGGUUAGCUUGGAUUUCUGGAAGAACAACAAGCAGCAUCAUUAG